UAAAGCCAACACUUGGGGUGCUCACCUCCUUCAUCUUCUCAUCCCCUGGGCCUUGUUUCCACCCAUACAUUUCCCCAACCACCAUGUCUGCUAUCCCCAAUCUACCUGAAUUGACUCCGUUGGCGUCUACCAACGGAGUAGACGCCAAUCUCACGAACGGCGUCGCCUCCAGAACUAUCAAACUCCACGACCAUCCUAUCGACAACUCAAGACCUCUGAAAGUUAUCGUGAUUGGUGCUGGCUACUCGGGUAUAUACAUGGGAAUACGGAUACCAGAAAGACUACGUAACGUGGACCUAGUAAUUUACGAAAAGAAUGCUGGCGUCGGUGGUACAUGGUACGAGAAUAGAUACCUAGGGUGUGCUUGCGACGUUCCAUCCCAUUCUUACCAAUUUUCUUUUGAACCAAAUCCGAAUUGGUCUUCACUCUAUGCGCCGGCGCCUGAAAUACAAGCUUACCUGGAAGCUGUUGCGAAGAAGUACUCUGCAGAUCGCUUCAUCAAGCUCUCACAUCAGAUCACAGAAUGCAGAUGGGACGAUGCGGCUGCAAAAUGGCACGUCACAGUAAAGAAUCUCGUAACUGGCGAGAUCGUGCAUGAUUCAUCCGAUAUCCUGAUUAGCGCACGAGGGAAUCUCAACGACCCCGCAUGGCCCAACAUUGACGGCUUGGAUACUUUCAAGGGGGAGGUGAUGCAUUCUGCGUCGUGGAACCAAAGUUAUGACUGGGAAAACAAGCGUGUGGGCGUCAUAGGUAGCGGCUCGUCUUCUAUUCAGAUUGUUCCUAAUCUUCAACGUCUACCUGGCACACACAUUUCAACUUUUGUAAGGAGCAAGACUUGGAUUUCGCCCAGUUUCGGCCAGGACCUGUGGGACAAGCAUGGCUUCAAAGGCUUCUCGAUCCCCAAAGAUCUGCAACAGCGCUUCAUAGACGACCCCGAAUACUACCAGCAAUUCAGAUUGGCAGUGGAAGCGGACGGAAAUAGCGUACAUGGCGUUACAAUGAAGGGUACCGAGAUGCAGACAGGGGCAAAAGAGGUGUUUGCGGCGAACAUGAAGAAGAGAUUGGAAUCGGCACCCCAUAUCUACGAAGCUCUGCUACCAUCGUUUUCGCCGGGUUGCAGACGGUUGACUCCAGGCCCCGGUUACCUCGAAGCCCUGACCCAACCCAAUGUCGCUUUCAUUACUUCGCCCAUUACCCGUGUUUCUGAAAACGCAAUCCAUACCGCGGACGGUGUCGCUCAUGAAAUCGAUGCUCUCGUAUGCGCUACUGGGUUCCGCACCAGCACAGCGCCUCCCUUCCCUGUCAUCGGCGCAUCGAACCUCACCCUGGCUGACAAGUGGUCUAAACGCGCUACAAACUACAUGUCGCACAGCUUUUCCGGCUUCCCCAACCUCGUCACCAUGCUUGGUCCCAACUCGGCCAUCGGUUCGGGCAGUCUGACCAUGAUGAUUGAGACUGUUGGCGACUAUGCCAUCAAGGUAAUCCGCAAGAUCCAAAAAGACAACAUCGCCAAGAUGGAGGUGAAGCGCGAGCGCGAGGAAGAUUUCACAGAGUACGUAGACGCAUAUUUCAAGGGAACAGUUUUCGACGAAGAGUGCAGGAGUUGGUACAAGAAUCAAGCGACAGGCGACAUAACGGGGCUAUGGCCCGGCAGCUGUCUCGCUUGCAUCGAGGCGAUGAGAAGUCCGCGGUGGGAAGACUAUGAUUAUGUCUAUGUAGAUGAGUUGGAGGGAGCCGGGGAAGGGACGGCAAAGAAAAGAGCGAACAGGAUGUUGUGGCUUGGAAAUGGGUGGACGCAGGGUGGACUGGAGGGCCGAGAUUUGGCAUGGUAUUUGUACGAUGGGUAUGUCGACCGGCCAGUCGCGCCGUUUCCGGAAGAGACGGGGAAGUGGAAAGUCAGACCCUUCUCGUACUGA